GUAGACUUGAUUAUGCCUCACGCUACAGAUAAUAUAUCAAGUCCAUGACUUGCAAUCUUCCCCCUCUUAUCAGAAAUGCUCAAUUGGAGCCAUGCCCGCGGAUUCUCAUCACCCUCGCAAUAGCGAGGAUGUUCCCUUUCUCUCCCACCACCACCACCCCCAGGAUGCCACCGACGACAAUGACCCCCCCAAGCAACAGCCCAACAACGCCAGUCCCAUCCAGGGAAACAUCCGCAUGCGCUUGAUGGUCACGCUCUUCACCAUGAUUCUGGCCGUCGAAGUCGGCUACGUGAUGGCCGGCGGCCCCAUGACGAGGAUUUACGAAUCGAUCGCCUGCCACGAACACUAUUUGCAGGUCGACCCCAGCAAAAUCGGCCCGGACGGACAGGUCCCGGAGGACUUAUGCAAGGGCAAAGAAGUCCAGAGUGAAUUGGCUGCGGUGAAGGGAUACAUGGAGUUUUUCGAGGGGAUCCUGAGUGUGUUUCUCGCCAUUCCUUAUGGCUUGAUGGCCGAUCGAUAUGGCCGGAGAUCGGUCAUGCGCAUUGGCAUCCCCGGAUUCAUUCUCAACUGCGUGAUGGUGCUGGUCGUCAUCUGGUUUUCCGAUAUCUUCCCCCUGCGUGCGGUAUGGGCCUCGUGCUUGGCGUGGCUGUUGGGGGGUGGGCCGGUCGUCGCCCUGGCCAUCAUCUAUACCAUGAUGUCGGAUGUCACGACGGAGGAGGAAAGAGCCCCGAUGUUCUUCAAGUUCGGGGUGGCCGGCAUGGGCGCCGACUUUGUUUCUAGUGCCGCCAGUUCCUGGCUGAUGGUUUUGAAUCCUUGGAUCCCGCUAUUAAUCGGAUAUAGUGUCGUGAUUGUCGGCAUGCUGUUUGCCUUGUCUCUGCCGGAAACCAAGAAUGCGUUUCCCGCUCGGGCAACGGAGCCUCCGACCGAAGUGGAACUUGGUCACCUCUCCCCGGACGGAGACACGAAGGGCCUCUCCGGGGGGAAACUGGCCGAAGAUUCAAGGAGCGGUUCCGAUGACACUGAAGACCCUACCUUCGCCACCGGCGCGAAGAAACGUCCUUUCCUGGCUUCGCUGCGUAUGGUCAUUCGGUCCUAUCUCACCCCGUACGCAUUUAUCUUCCGCGCGCGUCGGAUCCUCUUGCUCCUAACCGCUUUCCUCGUAUAUCGCCUCAGUCGCGGUUCCUCGUGGUUCCUCAUCCAGUACAUCUCCACGCGAUACAACUGGACCCUCGCGGAGGCCAACUUUCUUAUUUCCUUUAAACCCGCUCUAACCAUCCCUCUGUUCCUCUUGAUCCUCCCCAUGAUUUCUCGAUACCUCCUGCGGACCAUGAAGUCCAACAAAAAAGACCUCCUGCUCGCGCGUGCGAGCAUUAUUUUCCUCGCCGUCGGAACGCUAGGCAUUGGCCUGUCCCCGAACAUUGCCAUGCUUAUCCCGAGCCUACUUAUCCAAACAUCGGGGUCCGGGUUUGUCUACCUGACGCGAUCCCUGGUCACCACACUGGUGCACCGCGAGGAAACCGCGCGGUUGUUCACCGUUAUAGAAGUCCUGCAAUCCAUUGGCAACGUCAUUGCGAGUGUUUCGAUCACGACUGUGUUCCAGAUUGGCCUGGAGCUCGGGGGUCCUUGGAUCGGAAUCGCAUGGAUGAUGACCGCCACGGCAUUUUGUCUUGUGGGCGUAGCUAUUUGGACGUUUCGAGUGCCGUCCGUUGCGCAUGAUAAACUCGACGACUACGAAUCUUGAGUCUUGGUAAAGUAUUUAUAUAUGUAUAUAUAGAUUGUAGCUUGUUUUUUUUUUUGUGUG